AUGUCCGCCACGCACCUUGCCAACCGGCAAGCCUUCUACCGUCACCGCAUCAUCCCUCGACAGCUGAUCGACACCAACCUGCGCGACACAACAACGACCAUCUUCGGCCACCAUGUCUCGGCCCCGAUCGGCUUUGCUCCGAUAGGAAUCAAUCGCAUCUAUCACCCACAGGCUGAGCUGGCCGUAGCCAAAGUCGCCGGCGAGCUCAACCUCCCCUACAGCCUCUCCACGGCGGGCAGCAUGCCUAUCGAGUCCGUGGCAGCCGCAAACGGCAAAGACUCGCCCCGUUUCUACCAACUAUACAUGCCGCAUGACGACGAACUAACGCUCUCACUCCUGAACCGCGCGUGGAAAUCCGGCUUCGACGUCCUCCUUUUCACGGUCGACACGGUCCAGCUGGGCUGGCGCCACGACGACGUCGCAACAUCCAAUUAUGCCUUCUACCGCGGCAUAGGCGGAGGACUAGGUCUUUCGGACCCCGUCUUCCAGAAACGCUGCCGCGAGGCAGGGAUCGACAUCGAGACGCAACCGGUCGAGGCGUCAACGAAAUGGAUCGACUCGGUCUGGCACGGCCGCGCGUGGUCAUGGGAUAAAAUACCCUGGCUGAUAGAGCAGUGGAAGCGGAUCUCGCACGGCCGCCCGUUCGUGAUCAAGGGGAUCCAGUCGGUGCAGGACGCGGAGAAGUGCAUCCAGUACGGCGUCGAUGGGAUCGUGGUGAGCAAUCAUGCCGGACGCCAGGUGGACGGCGCCAUUGCCAGUUUGGAUGCGCUGGAGAAUAUCGUCGAUGCGGUUGGGGACCGGCUCGUCGUCAUGUUUGAUUCCGGGGUGCGCGGUGCGAGCGAUGUGGUCAAGGCCCUUGCGCUGGGAGCCAAAUUCGUCUUUGUCGGGAGGUUGUGGGUGUGGGGAUUGAGUAUUAUGGGGGAGAACGGGGUGAGGCAUGUUAUGAGGUCCCUUUUGGCCGAUUUGGACAUUCUCAUGGCCGUUGCGGGAUUUAACAGGGUUGAUGAGUUUGAUCGGUCUAUCCUCGAGUCUUAUCCAAAGUCUUACACUUAUAUUGCCGACAAGGUGCUGUGA